CCAGGACAUGUUGGCACAGGAGUCGGGCCCAGUGUCUUUCACAAGCGACGAGCUGAUGUCCCACUACCUCUUGGACAGGGAUCCCGUCGCUAAGUUGGAGACCGCGCAGGCAUGCCACUCUUGGAUCGAGGCAGUUGAGAACGCCACGAUUCAGCACCACGCGCUCCCAGAGGAUGUCGCCAAGAAGCACCGAGGCAGAGGGCGUGGCUUCACCAUCGGAUGGAACCGCGCCAGCGCCACACCCGCUCGCGCUCACAUGCGUCACCAGUUGUUGGAAUGGUGGCACUUGGCUACGACGCUGCUCGUCCGAUAUCAGUCGAUCCUACGACGGCAGUCUACUGCGGAGGAGGCCGUCCUAAGCGGCAAGUUUUCAGAGCUGCUACAGGUCGCCUUGGACAACGAGCUCCAGAAGCCGUUUCUCGAGGACGACGACGGUGCCUUCACGUCCUGGGUAGCUGCGGUAUCCGACCUAAGCAAGCUGAACGACGAGGACAUCCCGGGCAUCAUCGAGUCAGCUGAGCGCUUCCUCAGCAGAGCCACGGGCAGAGCGCUGGCUGACGGCCGGCGUGCCUUCAGCAAGUGGGCACUCAAGAUGUGGCGGGAUUCUCCUGGGGCUCUGCGUCGGCACGUCAAACCGGCCCGCCCUGUUCGCGACGAGCACUUCGACGAAGCUGGGCACGCCUACGCCACCCCCAGCCAAAUCAUGGAUCGUCGAGCUCAGGCGUGGCAGGAUGUAUGGACCGACAGCAACAUCUGCCAGCAGUCCAUCCUGGAGGGCCUCAGCUACGUCACUGUCAAGGCCCAGGAGGAGUGUGUAGACCCCAUCACACUCGAGCAGCUCGACACUGUCGUCGGCCGCCUCAACGCCAAUAAGGCCAAGGGGAUCGACUCCAUGGGCCCCGUCGAGAUCCAGAGGCUCCCCGAGCCCGCCCGCAGAGAACUGGUCGCGAUCUACGAGAUGAUCGAAGCUCGAGUCAUGUGGCCCGCCCAGGUCUUUGCCGUCAUGGGGGCCGUCGCCCCGAAGCCGAAGGGCGGCGACAGGAUCCUGGGGCAGCUCCCCUUCCUCAUGAAGCUCUGGUCCAAGAUCAGGUACCCCCUGUCGGAGCGGUGGAGCGAGGAUUUGGCGGAGUUCUGGGACGCGGCAGUCCGAGGCUCCUCCUCGCUGCAGGCUGCGCUAGUCAGGAGCUGCAUGGCCGAGUGCUGCCACAUCCUUUCCAUCGGCAGUGGCGCGAUCCUUCUCGACCUGGAGAAGUUCUACGACAGCAUUUCAAUCCCUUUAUUGUGCAAGGCAGGGAUGCAGCAGGGUUUCCCAGCCAUCAUCUUGGCGCUCGAGCUCCAGAUGUUCUUGGCGCCUCGCUACUUGAAAGAACGCAGCUGGGUGCCAAGAGAGAUUUUACCUUCUAGAUCAUUGGUGGCGGGAUCGCCUCGCGGAGGCAAACUUGCGAAGGCCAUGCUGGGGCCUCUGCUGCACCAAGCUCACCUUCGCUACCAGCGCAGAGUCAUGAUCAGGACCUUCGUAGACGACACAGUCAUCAGAGUCGAAGGCGCAGCCAGUCAUGUUACCGACACUUUGAUCGAGGCUGGCUUUUUCGUAGGGCACAAGAUGCAGCACGAAGCCAACCUCACCAUAUCGGACAAGACUGCCGUGAUCGCCGCGGACAACUCCAUGGCCAAGAAGAUCGCCAAGGGCCUCAAUAAGCGCCCCAUGGCCAUUGGCAAGAUCCGCCGCAUCGCCAAGCUCCGCCGUGCUGCUCAAGGGCUCUGGCGCACUGGCUGCUCGCCCCAGGCGUUGUACGGGCACCAGCAGAUGGGCGUCCCAGAGUGCGAGAUCACGGACCUUCGACGGCAAGCGGGGCGAUCGGUCGCUGGACACGGCCCAGGUCGAUGCUUGACCACCACCUUAGCCAUGGCUAUGGGCGACGGAGAUCCAGCCAAGGCCGUGCGCCACCAGCAUUUUACAGCAUGGCUGACUAGGUGGAGGCAGAACCCAGAACCCCACCCUCGCAUCCAGAAGGCCUGGGACUGCGUCGCUCCGAGGAUCAGGCAGGCAGGUCAGCGCAGGUGGCGACUGGCCAAGGCCCCCCCCCCCCCCCUCAGCGCGACCAUCGCUACGUUGCUGGACAUCGGCUGGGACCCCGUGUCCGCCACCCAGUGGGACACCGACGGCGGGCACUCGUGGCUGAUCCCCACGGCCAAAGACGAGAAGUCCCAGGAGAUGACCAGCGACUUCACCCUCUUGCUCAGCGACGGCUCCGACUCCAUCGACAAGCAGUUGUGGAUGAGGGCGUCGCAACAUGAAGCUGCGGAGGAUCUACGUGCGGGAGCCGACCUUCUACACGUCUCCCGCGAGACCGAGAGGUACAGCAUGGCCGACGAGUUUGGCAAGGUCGGCUUCCCCAUCGCCGUCGCUUCUGGAG